CUCCUCCUCCUCCGCCGCCGCCGUCGCGGCUGCCGCCGAGGCCCGGAGGGAGGGAGUCGCGUCCCCGCCCGCCGCUUCGCCAGUCCGACCCUCGGUCUCGCCGUGUGAGGAACCAGCCGAGCGAAGCUCUGCGCGGACACCCAAGCAGCUGCCGUCCCUCUGCAGGUGCCUGUGAGGAGGCCCCCGGGCCGCUGCCGCGUCCAGAGCCCGCCGGCCGCGCACUCCCUCCCCGCGCUCCCGGGGUUCGGCCCGGCUGGAGGAGGCCGCCGCGGGGCCCGACCUCAGCAUGAACCGCAGCCACCGGCACGGGGCGGGCAGCGGCUGCCUGGGCACCAUGGAGGUGAAGAGCAAGUUUGGAGCAGAAUUUCGGCGGUUCUCACUGGAAAGAUCAAAACCUGGAAAAUUUGAGGAGUUUUAUGGAUUACUGCAACAUGUUCAUAAGAUCCCCAAUGUUGACGUUUUAGUAGGCUAUGCAGACAUCCACGGAGACUUACUACCUAUAAAUAACGAUGAUAAUUAUCACAAAGCUGUCUCAACGGCCAAUCCACUGCUUAGGAUUUUUAUACAAAAAAAGGAAGAAGCAGACUACAGUGCCUUUGGUACAGACACACUCAUAAAGAAGAAGAAUGUUUUAACCAAUGUAUUGCGUCCCGACAACCACAGGAAAAAGCCACAUCUAGUCAUUAGCAUGCCCCAAGACUUCAGACCGGUAUCUUCUAUUAUAGACGUGGACAUCCUCCCAGAAACGCACCGUAGGGUUCGCCUGUACAAAUAUGGCACCGAGAAACCCCUAGGAUUCUACAUCCGGGAUGGCUCCAGUGUCAGGGUAACACCGCAUGGCUUAGAGAAGGUCCCCGGGAUCUUCAUCUCUAGACUUGUCCCUGGAGGUCUGGCCCAAAGCACAGGACUAUUAGCUGUUAAUGAUGAAGUUUUAGAGGUCAAUGGCAUAGAAGUUUCAGGGAAGAGCCUCGAUCAAGUGACAGACAUGAUGAUCGCAAACAGCCGCAACCUCAUCAUCACGGUGAGACCAGCAAACCAGCGGAACAACGUUGUUAGGAACAGUCGGACCUCUGGCAGUUCCGGCCAGUCCACGGAUAACAGCCUCGUCGGCUACCCCCAGCAGAUGGAACCGAGCUUUGAGCCAGAGGAUGAAGACAGUGAGGAAGAUGACAUUAUCAUCGAGGACAAUGGGGUCCCACAGCAGAUCCCUAAAGCCGUUCCUCAUGCCGAGAGCCUGGAAUCAUUAACGCAGCUAGAACUCAAUGUGGGGGCUGGACAGAAUGGUUUUAUUCCCUCUAAUGAAGUGAGUUUAGCACCCAUAGCAAGUGGCACAAAUACAGAAUUUGAAACGCAUGCCCCAGAUCAGAAACUCUUAGAAGAAGAUGGAACCAUAAUAACACUCUGAAACCACUGUUGGAAUGCUUUCUGAGCGAGGGUGCCAUGGGGACUUGUACAUUUGGCUAGUCUAAAGCAUAUAUACCUCUGAACCAGUGACUUGGACUAGGCAUGAGAAAAAAUAAUAUUGCAAGCUUAAAAUGUUACUAAAAUUGUAGUUUGAUAAUUGCUGAUAUAAACUUCAGUGGGUCAGAGGUGAAUUUAAGUCUAAAACAGGGGCCUUUGCUAAUGACAUCAUGUGCGUUUGCUGUUUUGUCUGUAGAGCACUGGAUGGUAGAGCACAUUCUCAGAGCUGUGAGAGGACUAGAUCAUUUCCGCUGAAGUGGUUGCACAUUUAACCUGCUGUGCAGAGCCCAGUUAAUUUUUCCUUUAACUAUAUUUUUAAAAAUUCUAAUGUGAAGAAGUCUGAUUCUCUCUUUUGGUACUUUGGGGACCUCAGCUCCUAUGUUCCUAUAUUUUAUUUUGAUUUUUUUUUUAAUGUUCUUCCGUUGUGAAUUGUAACAAGUAACUUUUUCAAGAGUUUUUUUUCCCCCCCCUAAUUUCUAAGAAAUCAAAGCGAUUGUUUUUAGGGGUUGCUUCCUACCUUAUAAAGUGUUGACACUAUCUUCGUGAAGUAAGAAGCUCUAACCAUCGUUUAAGUUUGUGUUUGUUCUUCCUGUUGCUUUCAGAUUUACAAACUCAUUCCAUGUGGGUGUAACUGAUCCUAAAAGGCAAUUCCAUCGAGUCUGAGCACAUGGGAGACUCGCUCCCUUAACCAUAACCUCUUCUCCACAUUCCCAAUCUCAUUGGAAAUCAUUCCUUUUGUUGUGUGUGUGUGUGUUUCGUUGGUGUGCUUUUAUACUCUUGUAAUGUAUUUGAGUAGUGCGAAUCAUUUUGGAUAAAAAAAUGCACCCAAAUUAAGAAGUUUUUACACACAGGACAAACUUGUGCACUUUUUAUAUGAACAAUUUGGGUUUCCUUAAUGGGAUUUCUAGGAACACUGCCUACACUUUAUGAAAAUUAUAUAGUAUUCACCUUUGACAGGUAGAGUUUAUCGCUAUUAAUUUUAUGAGGCUAUUUAUUACUUUCCAAUGCAUCCACUUAGAACAAGUGAAGAGAAAGGCUGCUAACCUUCAUUCCUUGCCUGAUUUCACAGUACCAUGUGCACAAACACUACAGUAUGCUUGUACAUAGAAACUGAGAGGAGUAUAAAGCACAGAAGCUCCCUGUGGCUUAUGGGUAUUUCUCUCAGAGUUAUUUAUUGAUUAAUUUUAUGGUAGGGCUAGUAUGGAUACCUUUAUAACAAUUGUGUGCUAUUAACACAUUGUGGACCAGUGAUGCAGAUUUGCGUCUGUAUAUUUAAAUGCCCCGACCUCAAUGUGUUAAAACAAUGAAGAAUCAAAUGACUCCGUUUUGAAGGAUAUUUUCACUAUAUGGUCAAAGUAUAUGAAGAAGUAAAGUCUUGAUUAAAUGAAGCUCACUUGACUCAGAAUACUUACAUGUAUUUUGUUCACAUUACCACUAAACAUAUUGUCACUAAACUAGUAACUGCACAACAUGUAAUACAAUGUACUUUCUGUUGAAUUCACCGAAGUUCUUCCACGUCUAUACCACUAUUUUUUAAUGGCAUUCCAGCUUUAACAUUCUGUGGGUUUUGUAAAUUUGGCUCUUGAAUGGCAAAAAUGUUACUAUGUAGAAGGCUAAAUUUCAUCUCUAUUAUAAGCGGUGCAGGGGUUCAACAUUUUAAGUAAAAAUACUUUCACACACUACCUCUCUCUCUCUUUUUUUUAAACGAAGUUUUAACAUCAGAACUUUUCUCGUGGGGAAAACAAUACUUCAGGGCUUGACUUUUUGUACAAAUUUUAACUGUAAAAUACAGAUUUGUCUUGUAUGUAUUCAUGAAAGUAGAAAUCAAAGCUGCUAGUGCUUUUUAUUUUAAUUCUCCUGCUAAGGGUAUAUGUCAGUGGUGUUUUCAACUAGAUCUCUCAUUUAAAUUAUUGGUAAAAUAAUUGAUUACUAGACGCAUUGUAGAACCAUCUUGGUUCUACAAUAAAAUGUCAAUUCAUUGGUAGUCUGAAUUAAUUAAUUCAAGUGUAUCUUAUUAACAAAAAUAUCAGUGGAUUCAGCAUAAAAUUUUACUAAAUGUCAAGCCUAACUGUGAAUUUUGUUCUGUAUCUUUUAGUAAAUUUAUGAUAAUGUUCUCAUGUGCUAUCAACAAAAUAUAUGUACUUUUGUGAACUGAAUUUUCUAAUUAAAUUUUACAUGCGACAACAUGAUUUUUACAUGAAUGAUACUUUGUUUAAACUAUCAAAUGUCAGUAUUUUACUACAAUUUUAUUAUAAAAUGUACAUUAUCACUAAAUGAACUUUGAUUUAA